CGCUGGCCUGUUGCACCCUUCAAGAGGCCUUCUCUUCCUGCUGCACCGGCAGCUCCAGAACCACGGGGCAGCUCCGGCUUCGGCCUCGACAACCGCUACCCACCACAAACUCAGAGACCAUGUUCAGAGGGCUGAAGAACAUAGCGUCGGACAUCCGCAGCGAGGUCUCCUCCACGGAGCAGACGGUGUACGCCCACACCCACUCGCACUCGCAAUCGAGCACGGGCUCGGGCUCAGCACGCACAAAGAGGUUCCUGCCCAACUCUCUCAGCAAACACAGCAGCAACGGCACCAAUGGCGGCGCCAACGGCAACGGCAGGGGGAAGUCCAAGUACAGACUCGACGAGGAGCUCGACGGACGCACAGAGGACGACACUGUCGUGCACCGGGCGCUCGUGAGGUACUUCCGAGAACAGGGCAAGGCCGUGCCGGCCUAUCUUGGCGGCAGCACUGUUUCCCGCUCCGCCGGACCUUCUGCGUCCACUUCCGUCUCCACAACCUCACAUGCGCCUAGAGACGGCACUUCGAGGUUUUCCCACGGCUCCCGCAGGUCCCACGGCUCCCGGAACUCGUACGGGUCAGUCCCGACGUCGCCCUCUGCUUCGACGUCUUCUCCAGAACCCGUCCAGACCCAACCGCACGCUCCACGCGUGGCACCUGUGCCGCAGCAGUACAGCGCAAAUGCUUCCACCGCAGCACAGAGUCUGAACCAGGGCCGUCCCGGCCUGGCCAAGGCCGGAAGCGACGAUUACAGGUUCAGCAAUCACCGAGAGCGUCCUGCGCUGCAGCAUCGGGCCCAAUCGCAGCAGCAGCAGCAGCAGCAGCAGCAACAGAGAACAGCCCCGCUCAACGGCAACAGCGUCAGCAGCACCACCACCAACGGCGGCGGCACCAGCCCCCGGCUACACAGUCGCUUCAGCAGUGGCGGCGGCGGCAGCAUCAGCGGCAGCAGCAGGUUUGGCAGACGCGUGCAGUCCUAAUGGGCCUUCUUCCUGUCCUGUCCUUUCCUGUUCUAUUCUAUCCUUCUUUCUCUCUAAUAUGUACCCUAUAUCGCCAAAACGACUCGCUGGAAACCCGCGACAGCACUUUUGCAACAGCCAUGAAACAACGCGGCGAAAAGGAACAAGAGGAAAAGAGGGUGUUGCGAUGUUGCUGUUGUAUCACAACUUGGUUUUUGUUGUUGUUAA